AUGACGCGUACUCUGCCCUGGAAGCGCAACGCGUCUUCCAUCUCUGCAGUGAAGUCUGCCGUCACGCCUCCAUCCAGACAUUCGCCGGCCGUCGACCCACAUGUCAGCGGCAGCCCGACGUCACAUCCGCCAAGGCCCGUGACAGGAGAUGAGGAGGCGCAGUCUACGUAUCCGCCGUAUCGGGUUUCUGCAAUCAAAAAGCGCUCCCCAUCAUCGUCACCGCCGCCUGCUCCACCAGAAGAAAGCUUUAUGAUCAAUGGUCUCGAUGGCGACGACAUAUGGCGCAUGGUGGAGGAUGAGUUCCUUUCCGUGGCGGGCGCUUUCACUGCGCACCUUCACAGGGCCGAAUACAAAAGGCUCAAGCGUCUAGCAGAGUCCCAAAACGCCACAACUAUCAGCACGAUCUCGAGGCCAGUGGUAUGCGACAGAACUGAUACAGUCAAACGACGACAGGACCGUCAAGAGCUCGAGCGACGUCAAUGUGGGGCCAUCAAGCGCAUGCGAGGGUCUAGUGAUGAAAAGAAAGCCAAUGAAAGCGAUGAAGAUGACGGACCAAGCCCUUGGGCCGGUACCGCUUUGCAGGGUCUCAUGGAUAGCCCCAGAAAGAAGGCCCCUCGGCUGAUCAGUGACGUUAUGAAGAAGAGCACUAUUACCAAGCCUCCAAUGUUUCAAAACGCACAGAAAACAACAGCAAGCCAAUCAGGGAGCUUGUAUCGCCAUACGAGGCCAAGCUCAUUGGAACCCCACCGCACCAAGGGUUCUUCUCCAAGGGUCCAGCGAGGCGCAGUCAAUGAUAAUGACCAGACAACCCAGAGCGAGGACGAUAGCGAUGAUGACUUGGAUGCAGCCCCUGCGCGUCUCGCCCAUGACCGCAAACACAGACGCUCGCCUGCAGAUGCAGAAAGCCGCCGGUCCAACACAUCCCACACCACCUCACUGGGAGCUAGUGGCAGCGCAAACACUCACCGGAACGCAACCAAUAGAGAACUCCUAGGCACACAUGCUUCUUCCCUACCAAGCCCGCGCGUAGAGCAGAACGAUUCGGACUCGUCGGAUGGGAUUUUUGUACGAGCCAAGAAGCGAAGGGAGCGCCUUCGCGGACAGCAACGGAGUGAACAAGCACAGGGCAGUCCAUCGCAGGGACGAGAACCAGAAAAGAGCAGGGAUUCAGCACUAGACAUUGUACCUUCUUUCAUCUAAGAAAAGGACGAUAUUGGAGAGGCUUAGACACCUGCAUUGAUAAUAACACAGCAGCAGCCUAUUGCAUACCAUAACGCAAGAGGCCUCUGGGCACUCGGCAUGCAGGUUUGGGCAUGUGUUGCAAGCCUUAUUAGCAACUAUACAGUGGUUUUCUCCAUCUAUAAUUGCUUCACAGCAGGUUUUCCAUGGGUCGCAGCUAUGGCAUCCUGGACCAGUACGCUGCAGUUUCGUUCUUGUGUCGACACUGCCACAUCAAGUGCCGGAUUCGACUUGAAAAAGUUGACCGGCUUGAGCCCAACGAUCAUCUUUUCGCACGGCAUGACCGGCCAGUCCUCAACUCGCGGGUUAUGGGUCGAUCCAAAGGUGUGCCAGACGACGAUAUCCCGAUCCCUAACGCCCCUGUCAUCCUCAGCCCGCUUAUCGAUCCACGACGAAAUGCCCUCGCCUCCUGUCGAUUGCAUCGUCCAUCGCCCAGCAGGGAAGAGUUCGUCGUCCGAGUGCCGCGUCACCCAAACGGCGUGAGAUGCGUACUCGGAGCGCCGCGCAUGGAACGAGAUCGGAUCGGCAAGGAGCAUCUGGCUGUAGCACGGGAUGAGCUUGAAUCCGACUCCGAUGCCCGUGACGGGGUUUUUGACAUUUUCGUUGACCAUCUUGAAAGUUCUGUUUUUGGUAAAGUCCAGAUCCAGCCCGCAUUCCUCCUCCACGACCUGCGACUCUGUUUGGAAGCCCACUCCAUAGGGAUUCUUGUCUCCCAAGGGCAUCGGUCGCGUCUCCUCCACCACUAACGAGUUGGAGUGGCCGUCGAUGGCGGGGUCGAUUCGCAGGCAGAAGAGGUGCUGGUGGAAAGGUGCAAGCACACCUGGGGCUACCACUGUGCCGUACUGGGGAGGGUCCGGCUCAUCGAUAUCGAUGGGCGCUGUCGAUACGAUCCCCGUAGCCCGGACCUCGUAAAAGAUGCUCCCGUCUUGGUGGAAGUUCCAUAAGAAGAUGUACUCGUAAUUGCUCACCGUGAUGAUGGUUUGCAGAACCAAAACCCUCGAGCGUGUGACGACGGCGUUGCCGGUCCGGUAAUUUGUGUGCUUCCACAGGAUCCCGUCGUCAACCUCGUGGCAACAAAUAACAUUGGGCAUCAGCAACGGAUCCCCUGACGCGGUGGACAGCCAUCCAUCAAAGUACUUUAUAUGGCCCAGGCAGUCGCACCCCAGCUUUAGGUUGUUGGCAUUGAUACCGGCGCCGUCAUUGCCGAGGUCGAAUGCGGCCUUGCGGGGAUAGGGUCGACGGGGAUCUGCGUACGGAACAAACAUUUCGGAGAGCGAAAGCCGGUAGAAUAGGCUGCGGUUGUCAUAUCUUACGUCGUGCAGGACCAUUCCCUCGCGGUAGUUGAAGCUGAUGCGCAUGGAAAACUUCUCCCAGCUAAUAUGAUUCUCAUGAACUUUGAAUGAGGGCCCUUCUGGUUGGUUGACAAGAUAGGGUUUGGUCGAUGUCCGGUGACCUCUGUCCACUAGAUCCGGGUGGUAUUCGCUAUUUUUGUGAAUCUUGCGGCGGUCGAAUGGCUUCUUGUGUUCAGUGGUCAGCUUCUCAUCAGCGCCAGAGGGAAGGCGGUAGAUUCUGGUGACCUCAAGAUUGCCAGACACCUCGGCACAAAGGUCUAGUGGAUAGGCGUAGUAGUUGGCAUCGUCGUGAUCGGAAAGACGCAUGUAAAACCACGCCCGGCCAGUAGUUUACGUUAGCUAUUGCUGUUGCUGCUAGACUUGUUUUCUCAUUCUUUUUGGGGCUAGCUAUACUAUACCAUCGCCAG